UUGAGUGAUUGAUAACUAAUAACAACACGCAUGGUUAUUCCACAAAUGAAUAAAUUAUGUCAACAUUGAACAUUUGAACAUUGUCAAUUUGCGAUGAUAAAUAUAAAAUAUUAGUAAUCUACUAUAUUAUAUUAGUUUAUUAAUUAAUUAUAGUGUAGCCAUUGCUUGUUUAAAAUGACUAAGACUAAGAAAAGUAAAAAAAUUCUUAACAAACAAUUUGCUGUUAUGAAGAAGACAAUCAAACCAACAGAUUCAAGAAUAAAAGAAGAAAAAAGAACUAUUAUAAAGAAAAAGAUAAAUGAAAAUAAAACUGUCACCGUUCGUCAAGUAGCUCAAACAAGUUCAGCUUUGUUUUUCCAGUUUAACACACAGUUAGGACCACCCUAUCACAUCUUAGUAGAUACCAAUUUUAUCAGUUUUUCUAUAAAAUAUAAAAUGGAUGUGGUUCAAAACAUGAUGGAUUGUCUAUAUGCUAAAUGUAUACCAUAUGUAACGGAUUGUAUUGUUGGUGAAUUGGAAAAAUUAGGUCAAAAGUAUAAAAUAGCUUUGAAAAUUGUUAAAGAUCCAAGAUUCCAAAGAAUACAGUGUAUGCAUCCAGGCACAUAUGCUGAUGAUUGUUUAGUUCAACGAGUUACUCAACAUAAAUGUUAUAUAGUAGCUACAUGUGAUAGGGAUUUAAAGAGGCGUAUUAGAAAAAUUCCUGGUGUACCGCUUAUGUAUAUUGCUCAAAGAAGAUAUACCAUUGAAAGAAUGCCUGAUGCUUAUGGUGCUCCUAAAAAAUAACUUAUAAUGUAACAUAUUCAAAUAUAAAUUUUAAUAUUUUGGUUA